UUUCAGUAGUAACAAAAUGAGAAAUGGAUCAUGGCGAAGGUGGUGUUAAAUAUGAACUGUCAGUUACAAAGUCAGUUAACUCGAUCUUUAGAACGGAUUUUAGAAGAAGCUCAUUUAAGUGGAGAGUUAAAAUUAAGUGGAAGAAAGCUCAAGGAUUUUCCUCGAACUGGGGGAAAGUAUGAUUUGACGGAUACAGUUACUGCAGAUUUGUCGAAGAAUCGAUUUUGGGAACUUCCUGAAGAUAUCACGAAGUUCUGGUCACUAGAAAAACUGGUUUGUUACCACAAUGCCAUUCGCUCCAUUCCAGAGUCAAUUGUAUGUCUUCAGUCACUUGUCCACUUAGAUUUAAGCCGCAACCACCUAUCGACGGUUCCGGUGGCACUAUGUCAGCUGCCGCUGGAGACCCUGAUGCUGGCCAACAACCGCCUGACGGCGCUGCCCGACGAGUUGGGUCAGUGUGCCACUCUGACGCAGCUGGACGUCAGCUGCAACCAGAUCACUCACCUGCCGCCCCAGUUGGGUCAUCUCGCCCAUCUCAGGGUGCUCAAUGUCCGCAACAAUCUUCUACUAGAGUUACCUAUUGAAGUGACGUACCUGAAGCUGAUCCAUUUAGACUUAAGUGAGAAUAGAAUAUCAAAACUUCCGGUGGAGCUCAGAAGUAUGGUGUCAUUAGUCAGUUUGGAGCUAAUGCACAAUCCUCUCGUGUCCCCUCCUGCAAGUGUGUGCAUGAGAGGCCGAAUACAUGUAUUCAAGUACUUAGAACUGCGCUGUACAAAGGAAGAGAAGAUUAGGAGCGGAUGGCGAAGUGAAGAGAGAAAGGGCUGUAGGAAACUGAGUGACAUAAGGGUAAGACAAAGAUGUGAUGAGAUAAGAUGGAAUAGUGGCACUUCAACCCCUUCUACGCUCAGUCCUGGAGAUUCGGGUAGCAUGACUAAUUCGGAAGAGGGUCUGAAUGAGAUUUGCAAGAAGCGACUCGAGCGAUCCAGCUCUGAAAGGGAAGUUAGCAGGCAGAAUAGCUCCGAAAAUGGAAUUAAAUCACUUUCUAGUUCAAGUAGUUUAGGAUCUCGAUUUAGUAAGGCAACAACGAAUGGCCUGUCGCCGACUGCAGAACAAACUCCAAAUGGAAACGGAUUAGAUCCAGAUUCGAGGCCUUUAUUACAACAUGUGCAGUCGUAUAGAGAGUACAAAGAGGCGCUGAGACAACAAAGAGGUGUGGAAAACAUCUACCGCCCCAAAACCAAUCAAGACGAACCUUCUACACCGAACCAUAUUAAGGAAAUGGAACAAAUUGCUGGUGAUCUAGUGAUACAAAAUCAGAACCAGUUGGAGCAGAAUCAUAGGAAGCCAGUGCAAAAAGUGAUACCUUCUAGGAAUGGAAAUUUCUCUCCUCCUUCAUCUUCAAACGAUAUAGUGAACGGCGUGAGCAACAAUACGACGUCGGGAGUGUACGUGAAGCCGGCGUCGCCACAGCUGGUGGCCAAGACGCUCAACUACCUGUCGUCGGCCAGCAAUGGCACAGACAACAACAAGAAUGCCGGACGCCCGCCAGCCUGGAACCGAUCGGUGCCGCCCGACAAGCUCUCAUUCACCAUGCGACGCGAGUUCGAGAAGGCCAAGGAAGAGGCCGAACUUAUAAAGCAGCUACGAACUAAUAUUGAAACGCGGUUGAAGAUGGCGCUGCCUUCGGACUUGGCUCCGGCGUUGAGCGACGGCGUCGUUCUGUGUCACCUGGCCAACCACGUGAGGCCGCGAUCUGUGGCGAGCAUACACGUUCCUUCUCCUGCAGUCCCGAAGUUAACUAUGGCUCGGUGUCGAAGGAAUGUCGACAACUUCCUUGAAGCCUGUAGGAGGAUUGGUGUUGAAGAGAAACUAGUGUGCUGCGCAGGAGACGUGUUGGAAGGCAGAGGUCUAGUGCAGGUGGCGAUCACUGUGGUGGAGCUUCUCAGGCACCAGCAGCCUCGGUCGCCCUCCCACAACAUCUACAACAACUGCUCCUGAGCCCAGCUGACAGAUAUACUCGUAUAAUGAAGGAGCAAUGUCUUCUUGAACUCGACAAAAUAUCCUUGGAAUGCACUUCAUUCAAGAGCAAUCAACAUGACACCAAAAUUAAAUGGGUACGUCUUUCAAGAAACUAGGCCUACUAUAUUCUUCAAAUGUGUGAAGAAUAUUGAGUAGUAACUUAUGAUGUGAGUAGAAUUUCACAUAAAUCGUCUAUUGAAUAUUUCUCCAGGUUUAUUAUUCUUUCCUAUUUACUUGGAUGUUCGAAUAUUCAUUGUUAUAUUAUCAUAAUUUUUUUGAACGAAAAAAGUAGCGUCUAUAACAAUAUUAUAUUAUAUACAGCAAACCUAUUCACUUACAAUUUUAAAUAUUAUUUUUCAUUGUAAACAAUCAAAUGUGAAGUAUUUAUUGCUUACGGCUAAAUUUUGCUCAAGCUCUGUACAUAGUUUCUUAUUGAAAAAUGUAUCUAAAUGUAAACUUUUUUUUUGAAUGCGAUUAUUCAAACACCAUCAAAGUAUACACCUAUAGUGAUAGUUUCUUAUUUUACAGUUUUCCAACAACUGUCAUAUAUAUAUUAUAUCACCACCAUUACUUUAUGAAGAUUGUAAAUAUUAUGUGUUGAUACGUUUCGUAGUUUGUUAGGAAACGGUUUUUACAGUUAUAUAGAUAUUAAGCAAGAUUUUUCUUCAGUAAUAUUAUUGAAUUACAACUAUUACUGUAUUUCAGCAGCCUAAUUAGCUUACUAUUUGUGAAAGCAAUAAACGUAAGAAUUGUGCAGUGAUUUCAGUAACUUAUGGUUCUCAAUACCAGGACUUUGCUAGUCAUAUUUUAGGUUAGUUAUAAAAAUUUUGUAAUUCUACUGUACACUUGGGUGGGCUGAAACCCCAUUUUCCGAUUCUCAAGCUCUGAAGGAUUUUUUCAGAGUUUAUAAAUACAAACUAACAUGGAAAAAUCUAAUUUCUUGAUACUUUUCGAUAUAAAAAUAUCGACAGGAAGCUUUUAACUAUUGUCCAUCUCCCGGUCGAAUAUGAAAAUAAAUAUAUUUAUAAAAUAGAAUUAUAGUACCCUUUGAACUUAAUAGAAUAAGAAUACAAAAUAAUUAUAUUUUAUAAAUACAAGAAAGUAGCCCUUUAUUCAUACAUUUUAAGAAGAUAUGAAAAUAUAUUUGACAAUAUCAAGUCAUUUUCAUGCAAAUUAUGUAUUCAAUAUACAUACGUUUAUCUAAAUGUUGUCAUUUUAUAUUUUUUAAACGAUAAUUUACAUCCUUCUAUGAGAUUUUCAUUGGUCUCUUAUAUACUCCAAAUUGUGUGAUCUUCAAUGUAAAAUUUGAAAAAUCCUCUAAAAACCCUUUGAUUAAGGUGGCCAGAGUUGCUAACUUAUUUGAAGCUUUCAUUUUGCAUAAUCAUAAAAGCCUAUUUUUAUUUUUCUGUCUUCAAUCUGUUUACUGUUUUCAGUCAAUCGGUAUAGUAUCAACAGCCAUGAGCACAUGAGAAUAUAUUCUGUUGGAAAAACUAGUAGUUUUAUCCGAAGCUUCAAUAAUAAUAUGUAACUUGAUUUUUUUCACAAUGCAUUUCUCACUUAAAAAUUGGGAAAAAACUUUCUCAGCCCACUCUUCUCUUCAUUGAUUUAUAAUUUACUUCACACCAGUAUCUGUGGACUACAGUAACUAUACAGGGUGUUUACGAACUCUAGGGCAUUGUUCCUGGGUAAAAAACUUAUCUAAAUUGAUUGGGUAAAUUGUUCGGAAGUCUUUAGCUACUCACUUUGCAUUUUGCUUUUUUUACUUAUUAUUUUUUUUCUAAAUAAUGGUUAAACAUACUAAAUUGAAACUUUGCCCGAUCAUUUAUAACAACUAGGCAAAGCUACAAAAAGAUUAUGAUAAUUUUUCAGAUUCACACAACAAA